UUAGGGGGUGACCGGGGGAGGAGUGGAUUUUCUCGGAGCCCGAAGACGAGCCUGACCCAAACCAAACGAAAACAGAACCCCUUUAAAAUUAAACCCUAGCCUCGCAAUUUCGAAAAUUUUCACUCACUCCUCUUAUUCUCAGCAAUAUGAACCUUGCUAUGGUGUUUGAAUUUUUAAACUAAUUGGUCUGGUUCACUUCAUGUUAACAAUAUGUGGUCCUCUUCUGCGUAUUUGUGAGCAGAACAGAAAAGAGAAGAAGAAAUGGUGUCAGGCGUGAGAGAGAUAAGCUGUAGCGGAGAGCCAGUCCUUGACAGUGAUAGCGGGGAGGAGUUGAUGCAGGUACAAGCCGGCAUAGACAUUGUCCUCGGCGAUCUUCCUCGUCAGUCCCCCGGCACGCUCUAUAUCACUAACAAGCAAGUAAUAUGGUUGAGUGAUUUAGACAAGACUAAAGGAUAUGCCGUUGAUUUUUUGUCUAUCUCUCUCCAUGCAGUCUCUAGAGACCCUGAAGCCUAUCCUCUUCCUUGUUUAUAUACCCAGAUUGAUACAGGAGAAGCUGAUGAUGACCACACUGAUUCUGAAUCCAUUCAUAUCCCACAAGAUUUGUCCAACAUCGCAGAGAUGAGGCUCAUUCCCUCUGAUCCUACACAAUUGGAUUCUCUCUUUGCAAUAUUCUGCCAGUGUGCAGAGCUUAAUCCAGAACCAAAUGAUGGGGAAGGAGAAGAACAUGGUUGGUUUUUUAGUGCUGAUCAGAUGGGAGAUGAAGAAGCAGAGGAAGAAGGUUAUAUCUCUCACCAUCCAGCCAACUCUAUUGGUCACUCAAAUGGAAAUCAUGACCUAGCUCGUACAAUACUUGAGCUUCAAAUCAAUGAUCAAAGAUUUGAGGAUGCAGAAGAGAUGGAGGAUAAUGGAGAUGGCACCAAUCGUUGAGUGUCUGUGUUUUCUCCAAAAUAGCAUUUUCUAGUCUGUACCAAAAGUCAUCGACUGAUUGUUGUGUAGUUUGGUUCUAUAUAAUGUAAUCCUAUUAUGAAACAUCUGACCAGAGGCUUAGAGUUUUUUUAUCUUGGACCUUCGUUUUUGUUUUUUUUUUUCCUGCAAUAGAAAGCAGCUGGAUACUGAGUUUAAAGCUGUAUUAUGUAGAACAGGAGAAGAAAUUUGAAAAUUGUUUGGAUAGUUUAUUGAGAAAGAAUUUGCAAAUAAUUUUAGUGUAUUUGGUUCUCCAUCGUGAGCAUUCCAACGCAGGCAAAUGCAGAACCGUAUCUCUUGA